AGGUCAGUUUCGUUUCUUGUUCCUGAUUUCAGUGAUGGCGGCUGCUGAUCUGAGAGCUGAGCUGAGCUGCUCCAUCUGUACGAGCAUUUAUACUGAUCCUGUAUCCCUGCCGUGUGGCCAUAACUUCUGCCAGGUCUGUAUUGGGACAACAUGGGACACCCAGGAGGAAACUUUCCAAGAAAAUCCUUCCUGCCCUGAAUGUAGAAAUAGAUUUAGUAGGAGACCUGAACUGACAACAGACUGGAAGCUGCGUGGCCUGGUGGAGAAAUUCUGUCUGACUGAGACUGAGCCGGGGGAGACUGGGAUCUUCUGCACCUACUGUGUCCUCUCUCCUGUACCUGCUGCUAAAUCCUGUCUCCUGUGUGAGGCUUCUCUGUGUGAGACCCACCUGAGGGGGCACAGCAAGUCAGCAGAACAUGUACUGACCCAACCCACCGACUCCUUUAUGGGGAGAAAAUGUUCUGUACAUCACAAGGUUCUGGAGUAUUACUGCUGUGAGGAGUCUGUCUGUAUCUGUGUGUCCUGCUGUCUGGCCGGAGAGCACAGGGGCCACAGGGUGGAGCUGCUGAGUGAGGCCUCUGAGAAGAAGAAAGAGACACUGAGGAAAGUUCUGGAGAAACUGAGGCCAGAGAGAGAGGAGACUGAGAGAGGAGCCCAGAGACUGCAGGAGCGCAGGAGAGAAGUGGCAGAAAAAGCAGCCGGUGAGAAAGAGAGAGUCACUGCCCUGUUUAGAGACAUCAGGGAACAGCUGGAAGCCCUAGAGAAGCGACUCCUGAGUAACAUCUCCAGCCAGAAAGAGAAGCUCACACUCACUGAUCUGAUGGAGCAGCUGGAAAUAAAGAAGGACGAGCUGUCCAGGAAGAUCCGUCACAUUGAGGAGCUGUGCAACAUGGCAGAUCCACUCACUGUCCUACAGGAACGGGAAUCACAUGGAGCUGCAGAUAAUGAGGGGGGCAGAGAGAGACAUGAUAUAAAGGUCCCUGCUGUAGGGGAUCUGGAUGUGGAUCUGAUCUCAGAGACAUUACUCACAGGCUUAGCUGCCAUUGUGACUGGGGUAAAGGGAAGGAUCUAUGGGCAGGAGGCUACAGACCUAUUACUGGAUAUAAACACGGCUCAUAAUCCUGUAUCUGUAUCAGGGGACAGGAAAUCUGCUUCCUACUCACUCACAGACCAGCGUCACCCACAAACCCCAGAGAGAUUUCAUGUUCCUCAGACUUUAAGCAGCAGGAGUUUCCCCUCAGGGCGACAUUACUGGGAAGUGGAGGUCAGUGAAUCGGGGAACUGGAGGGUAGGGGUGGCCUAUCCCAGUAUAGAGAGGAGAGGGGGUCAGUCCUUGAUUGGGAUUAAUAACAAGUCCUGGUGUUUGUGGAGAUGGAAUAAUAAAUAUACAGUGAGACAUGACAGUAAAGACACACAGUUACCCCACGUUCCUUCCUCCAGGAGAAUCAGGAUCUCAUUGGACUAUGAGGCCGGACGUCUGUCCUUUUAUGAGCUGAGUGAGCCAAUCAGACACUUACACACCUUCACUGCCACAUUCACUGAGCCCCUUCAUGCUGCAUUCUGUGUAUGGGGGGAUAAUGUCUGGGUGAGAAUCAUUAGUUAGGGAACUGCCCAACAGGAACCUCAUUGAGAGAACUGCCCUUAGCUCAGUGAUGGCAGGAAAGGAAAGGAGUUCAGGAGACACAUUGAUGUUGGGCAGUUCUCUAACCAUGACUGAACAGCCUUUGUAACUAAUACAUUCAGCUAAAUUCAAUGUCUGUCUCACCAGAAUAACAUGUAUUGCUUUUUACUUAAAAAUCUGAGUACAGGUCUGGCAUCCAUUAUCCAGAAAUCCAUUAUCCAGAAAGCUAUGAAUUAUGAAAAGGCCU